AUGACUCCGAAUCCAGGAGGCACGAACAUGGCGACGAGGACUUUCUCAGAAGAGGUCACAUGGGUCAACAAAACCCCAACCAAUUUUCGAGACCGUACCCGCCGCGAAGUAUACACCAUCAAUUCCCACAUCAAUGGCAGCUACGCCCGGUGGAAGCGCAAAGAGAGCUCGAGACGUCUACGUUCCGAACUGGUCCCCCUUCCACGAUGUGCUGGCGAGCCAAUAGACGAAGACAAGCGGAUUUCUAACGAGCUCGCCCCUGCCCGCCAUGUGGUCCAUGAGCGGCCUCUACCCGCCGCAUCACAGCCAGUGUCUUCAACGAACACAGAUAGUCAACAUCGAAUCGAUACGGUUCAGAUUAGAAACGCACACUCGGUACUUCGUCGAGGCAAUUCUGACCCUUUCAAUAGCACUGUGGUACCACUCACCGCGCUCAACGCUCACUGCCACAGGCUUGCGCGCGAUUUUCAGGUCGGGAGUAUCUGGGGUGAUGAGGUGGCCCAUGAGGAGUUGAAGGAGGCAACCCUUAAUUGGUGGCUUGCAGACGGCAUCGGUACCACGCAUGCAGUGGCCAUGCAUGGCCUUCUUGCAUGGGCCUACACAUCUCGACUAAGCAUUCAAGCGUACCCACCCCAGCAAAUCGCCAUCAAUGCGCUUGAAUACAAAACCCUGACCAUUCAGGAACUCCAGAAGCUUGUCACGAAUCUCACAUCUUUCGAGCAGCAGUGUGCUGCCUGGGAAGCCAUGCUGUGCCUAGCUGCGAUUGAAUGGUCCGCAGGCAAUGCCGAGGCGGUCAUGCUGCAUAUGAGAUCGGCUCACGCCCUUCAGACACUGAUGGGUGGUUUCGAUGUUCUCCCUGACCCCAAAAGAGAGUCGGCCAUGUGGAUGUUUGUCAGUGUGUGCUUCCACUUUGCGACCAGACCACUGGUUCGACCAGAAGAUUUUGACCCCGGUCCACUGUCUGCUCAGAGACAUCUCAACGCUCCCGCUAUUCGCCAAAUAGAGCAGAGUGCUCGCCAAGCUUCGCACGGACGGUCUACCGGCACAGUGUUCUCGAAAUUAGCAGGUAGCCGUUUGGUGACACUUUGGGAAGCCAUGGAUGAAGCCCUUCCAGCGGUCGAAGUGGUCAGGAAAAACAAAACUCUUCGAAAGGACGUUCUAGGACGGCUGAGCAGAUGGCUUUUCCGUCGCAAGCUUGCCACAAGGGCUCAUCUGGACCAUCUCUGGCAUGAUACGAAGUCUCGCUACGACGAAGCUAGCCGUGAGCAUCAGAUGACCAAAGACGACAAUUUCUCCUCCAAGAGACACAUCUGCAUGUGGCAACUUUGCAUAUGUAUGGCGUCUAGGAUCUUCGAUGGCCUUAUGUUCGAGAAGCUGCAUCCUGGUGAAGACGCAACCGCUCACUGGACUCCCUACGGUAAGUCGCAUCCGGCCAAGAGAACGAUCAAAGCGCAGGAAUCAAAAUUCACCCGCUACCUCGUUCACUUGACGUUUCUAGAAGCAGAAGAAGCAGAAUAUGCCAGAAAAUCGAACCACCGAGCCCGGCAUGCCCGACACCGGCUUGAGCUUGUACUGCUCUGGCUGUAUUUCAUGGGCACCGCAGUUGAGCACCUGAUCUUCCACAGCACACACGGUGACGCAAGCAGUCCCUCCUCGGGCGCAAAGUCACGACCCUCGUGCAUCAUGCGCUUCCAAGCGCUCUACAGUAGGACGAGCCAUGGUGGUAUCGACGCCCUAGCGUCCACCUUCGAGGGUGAGCUCAUCUUUGCGCCAAGCGUCAUGCGGCCUUUACUGGAUGGACUGGUACAGUCGCAGACUAUUGGCGUCGUGUGA